AGUGCUACCAGCUUCAGAUUUCAGAGAACGAUUGAUCAAGUAUAGUAGAGCGAGCUCGAUCUGCGGCCAUGGGAGCAGCUCGUCGGCUUCGCUUCGGGCUACGAGCGGCGGCGGCGGCCAUGGCGCUCCUACUACUGCUGCUGCCGUCGUCGCUUUCGCUCGCGCUCUCGCCGCCGCCGCCUCCGCCGCCCUUCUUCCCACCGCAGUGGGCGCCGCCGGUGCCCGGCGGCGGUGGCCCUUUCGCUGAAGCUGGAGGUGGAUAUGGAAGCGGAGGUGGCGGACCUGGGGGGAUUCACGAGCCUCCAAUCUCUUUCGUGUACAACAACCCGUACAUAUCUACAGAACAUGGAGUUGGAUAUGGUAGUGGUCCCGACGGGUCUCACAAUCCUACAGUCUCGUCCGUGCAUGGCAACCAAUACAUGCCGACAGGUCGACACGGAAUGUAUCGUUGGCCAGGCCGCAGGACAUAGCAAGCCAAGCUAAGUAGGACAUAGAUCACGUCUAUUUUAAAUUCUUCUAAAACUUGUUACUGUGUGUCCGUGGGCAAAGACUGGAGAUAUAAUUCAUUUUCAUUAUUAAAAAAAUAUAGCACAUAGCUAGAAAUUCAUGCCCAAAAGUUUGUAUUCAAAUCGAUGUAAAUUUGCUCCAAACGUAUCUGAAACUGUUGAACAAAGAUGAACUAUUUCCUCAUACGUAUAAAAAUAUUUGAAACUAGGAAAGACCGAUAUGUGGUGGUUCAGCUGGUUCAAAUCAUGCUGCUCAUAAAUAUCACACGACGAAAAUGCCUUCAAUAAAAUUGUAACUAUAUUAAGAGUGUUUCUUAUAGGAUGUGUUAAAGCGCACAUUCAUGCGUAUAUGCGCAUGUGUAUGACUUCCUUAAAUGAAAAAAAAAUAUAAUUUAAAUAAACGAAAUGAAAAAAAAUGUUUGGAAUUUACAUGAGAUUUUUUUGAGAGGAAAAAAAAACUUGCUACUCUCUCCGUCCCAAAAUAUAAGCAUUUUUAGAUCUUGGCACAGUCUUCACGAUGUUACUUUUUUUUUGCGGGGAUUCAAGAUGUUACUUUAACCAACAAUAUACUCCCUCCGUACCAUUAACUUUUUAGCAUAUGUUUGACCGUUCGUUUUAUUU